GACGCUUCAUUCGAAUUGAAUUUGUGCGUGCCAUCUUCUUCAUGCUUGAAACACCGCUUCACACAAAUCGUGUUAGCGACCGCAAUAAAUUGAUAUUUUAGUGUAAAAUUUAAUAAUUUAAUCUAAUCCGAGUGCAAAUAAGUGUGUUUUAAGUGUUUGAACAUUGAAUACAAGUGAAGGAUUUUAAUUCAAAGGCUGGUUUUUGUGCCCGAUGUCUGGUGCUGAAGUCUUUGAUAGCUCCGUUGAUCCCCCAGCUGCCAAAAAGCGGAAGCUACCUUCAGUUGACGAAACUUCCUCCGCAGUAAUGGCCGCAAACAAUGGGUCGACUUCGCGCGAAUCAACCUCUGAAAUUGAUGAGAGUCUAUACUCUCGUCAACUUUAUGUUUUGGGCCAUGACGCCAUGCGUCGCAUGGCAAAUUCGGAUGUGUUAAUAUCGGGGCUCGGCGGCCUUGGUGUUGAAGUGGCAAAAAAUGUAAUUCUUGGUGGUGUCAAAUCUGUCACUUUGCAUGACAAAGCGGUUUGCACAAUUGGUGAUCUAUCGACUCAAUUUUAUUUGACUGAAGAUGAUAUUGGACAAAACCGUGCCGAGGCAUCCCGUCAGCAAUUAUCUGAAUUGAACAAUUACGUGCCUACAAAAUCGUACACUGGCGAUUUGACUGAAGAUUUUCUGAAAAAAUUUCGUGUUGUCGUUUUGACCACAUCAACAGCAUCCGAACAACAAAGAAUCGCUAAAAUCACUCAUCAACAUGAUAUUGCCCUCAUUAUUGCCGAUACGAGAGGCCUAUUCGCUCAAGUAUUUUGUGAUUUCGGUGAAAAUUUCGUUGUUUACGAUACCAAUGGAAAUAAUCCAAUUUCAACUAUGGUGGCUGGAAUCACUAAAGAUGUUGAAAGCAUUGUUACUUGUCUGGAUGAAACCAGACACGGGCUCGAAGAUGGAGAUCAUGUUACAUUUACCGAGGUUGAAGGCAUGACUGAAUUGAAUGGCAUUAGUCCAAUCCCAAUCAAAGUCCUUGGACCGUACACAUUCAGCAUUGGUGACACAACCAAAUUUAGCGAGUACAUUCGCGGUGGCAUCGCAAAGCAAGUGAAAAUGCCAAAAACCGUGAAAUUUUCGUCCCUUGAAGAAAGUCACGCCAAUCCAGCGUUCAUCUACUCCGAUUUUGGCAAAUUCGAUCGACCAGAAAAAAUUCAUCUUGCAUUUGAUGUUUUGCACGAAUUCAUCGAACAAAAUGGUCGUACACCGAAUCCAUGGAGCGACGAUGAUUCAAAGGCAUUUAUCAACAUGGCCAACGCUCGUAAUUUGGAGAGUCCAAUCGAUGAACCGCUGCUAACAACCUUUGCAAAGAUUUCGGCUGGUGAAUUGUCGCCCAUGGUCGGAACAGUUGGUGGAAUCGUCGCACAGGAAGUCAUGAAGGCUUGUUCGGGCAAAUUUAUGCCCAUACAGCAGUAUUUCUACUUCGAUGCGAUUGAAUGCUUGCCGGAACAAGAUUUAACUGAGGAGGAAUGUAAGCCGAUUGGCAGCCGCUAUGACAAACAAAUCGCAGUCUUCGGAUCCAAAUUCCAGGAGACUCUUGGUGACUUAAAUUACUUCAUCGUCGGAGCUGGAGCUAUUGGAUGUGAAUACUUGAAGAAUUUCGCAAUGAUGGGCAUCGGCAGUGGCAAGGGAACCAUUUAUAUCACCGACAUGGACAUAAUUGAAAAGUCCAAUCUGAACCGACAGUUUUUGUUCCGUCCCAAUGACGUACAGAAGCCGAAAUCACACACUGCAGCCGCAGCUAUAAAGAAAAUGAACAAAACCAUCAACAUUGUCGCUCACGAAAAUCGCGUUGGAUCCGAAUCGGAGAAAAUCUACGACGACAAAUUUUUCGAAGCUUUGGAUGGUGUGGCUAACGCACUUGACAAUGUUGAGGCACGAAUUUACAUGGAUCGGCGUUGCAUUUAUUACAGAAAAAUGCUGAUUGAUGCUGGCACUCUAGGAACAAUGGGUAGUACACAGGUUGUCGUACCAUUUUUAACCGAAUCGUACAGUUCAUCCCAAGAUCCACCAGAGAAAAGUAUUCCCAUUUGCACUUUGAAGAAUUUCCCCAAUGCAAUCGAGCACACAUUACAAUGGGCCAGAGAUAAUUUUGAAGGCGUCUUUAAACAAUCAGCUGAAAAUGCGUCACAAUACUUAAGCGACUCGAAUUUCGUCGAUAGAGUCUUGAAAAUGCCAGGCGUUCAACCGUUGGAGAUCUUGGAGUCAGUAAGAGCCGCAUUGAUCGCCGACAAACCGGAAAAUUUUGCUGACUGUGUUAAAUGGGCCAGAUUGCACUGGCAAGAUCAGUUCUCGAAUCAAAUUCGUCAACUGUUAUUCAACUUUCCUCCAGACCAAACCACCUCCAGUGGCCAACCAUUUUGGUCGGGUCCAAAACGUUGUCCAACUCCACUUACCUUCGACAUUAACGAUCCGAUGCAUUUAGAUUACGUUUAUGCAGCUGCCAACUUAAAGGCUGAGGUCUACGGAUUGCCACACAUUCGUGAUAAGAAUGUUAUUGCCGAAAUGGUAGCUCAAGUGCAGGUGCCCGUUUUCAAUCCCAGAUCCGGUGUUAGAAUUGCCGAAAGCGAUGCUGCCUUGCAAGCCGAUCAAAAUGGUGAAAGUAUUGACCAAGAUCGUGUGCAAACCAUCAUCAAUGAACUGAUAAAUUUGGGACCACUAAACUUCAAAGUUACACCAAUCGAAUUCGAAAAGGAUGACGACACAAAUUUCCAUAUGGACUACAUUGUCGCUUGUUCCAAUCUCCGUGCUACCAACUAUAAAAUUCAAACAGCCGACCGACAUACGUCGAAAUUGAUUGCCGGCAAAAUUAUUCCGGCUAUUGCAACAUCGACAACCGUUGUGUCGGGCUUGGCAGCAUUGGAGCUGUACAAAAUAGCUCAAGGUUACAAAACGUUGGACCGCUUCAAAAAUGGAUUUUUCAACUUGGCUAUACCGUUGUUCGCCUUCUCCGAACCGAUAAAGGCCGCCACACAGAAGUACUACGACAUCGAAUGGACUCUGUGGGACCGAUUCGAAGUAAAAGGCGAACUGACUCUUCGCGAAUUCUUGGACCAUUUCAAGAACGAACACAAAUUAGAGAUUACGAUGCUGUCCCAAGGUGUAUCCAUGCUGUACUCAUUCUUUAUGCAGAAGGCCAAGCUUGAAGAGCGCUUAAAGCUGCCGAUGUCGGAGGUGGUCAAAAAAGUAUCGAAAAAACGUAUUGAACCUCAUGUUACUGCGCUCGUUUUUGAAGUCUGUUGUAAUGAUGAAGAGGGUGAAGAUGUUGAGGUUCCGUACGUCCGGUACACACUAUAAAUACAAUUUAAAAAUGAUGAUGAUAAUAAUUGAUAAUAUUUUAGUUUGUUAGCACCGCCCCCUCUCCUUAUAUCGAUAUAUCAAAAUCAAUUCGUAAAAGAAAAUUUAACAAAAAAAA